GGAGUCGACGGAACCCAGGCCGCCAAUCUCACAUUCAUACAUCCAGUGGCCUGCACAAGUUACAAGCACUUUCAGGGCAGAUCACAGUCUUUACAGACCGUCAUUCCGAGGACGGGCGAUAAAGAUGACCUAGAUGACGCUUCGAAGCUUGCGAGAGCGUCUGAGCAACUG